AUGGAGUCAUUCCCUACCAUCUUGAUUCACAUUCUUCUUUUGUCUUUACUUGUGGUAUUCGGCAGUGCUGCUGACACUUUGACCUCAAAUGCCAGCAUCACUGGCAAGGAAACUUUGGUAUCCUCGGGGCAAAGAUUUGAAUUUGGCUUCUUUACCCGCGACAAUAAGAAGAAGAAGAAGACAAGACGUGUGCUCAUUUAUGUCUUAUCAUCACUAGUUUCUGGAAUUCUUAUGCUCGGCUCCUUGAUCUGGUGUUUUAUCCGGAGGAGCAAAAAGAAAAGAGGAUCAGCGACCAAGGAGAUGGAUAUAGAGCUGCCAAUUUUUGAUCUAGUUACUAUUACUACCGCAACUGAGAACUUCUCUUCAACAAAUAUGAUUGGGGAAGGUGGUUUUGGAAUCGUGUACAAGGGCACAUUAUCGACUGGACAAGAAGUUGCGGUGAAGAGACUUUCAAAGAACUCUGGGCAAGAUAGUGACUUAAACGCCAAAAUUUCUGAUUUUGGCCUUGCAAGAAGUUUUGGUGGAGAUCAAACUGAAAGCAAUACAAAGCGAGUAGUUGGAACACAUGGUUAUAUGUCACCUGAAUAUGUUGUUGACGGGAUAUUCUCGGUGAAAUCUGACGUCUUCAGUUUUGGAGUGCUGUUACUAGAGAUACUAAGUGGCAAAAAGAAUCGAACAUUUCAUCAUCCUGAACAUCAUCACAAUCUUUUAGGUCAUGCUUGGUUGUUGUGGAGAGAAGGCAGGGCAUUGGAACUAGUUGAUGAUAAAUCGUUCAUCGAAUCUGAAGCUCUAAGAUGUAUUCAAGUAGGUCUACUAUGUGUACAAAAACUUUCAGAAGACAGGCCAACAAUGCAAUCAGUUGUUGUCAUGGUGAGCAACGAAGGUGUGACGUUGCCACAACCUAAAGAGCCCGGUUUUUUCAUAGAAAGGAGUUCCAAUGAAACGGAUACCUCAACAAAUAGUGAGCAAGAUAUCUAUAUACGAAUGCCUGCUUCAGAACUUGGACAUAAUAAAAAGACGAGAGUGGUGCUCAUUACCGGGGUAUCAUCACUUUCUGGAAUUCUAAUCCUCUGCUUCAUGAUCUGGUGUCUUAUCCAGAAGAGCAAAAGGAAAAGAGCAUCCGAGAACAAUGGAAAAGAUAUAGAGCUGCCAUUGUUUGAUCUGAAUAUAAUAAAUACUGCAACUAAGAAGUUCUCUUCAACAAAUAUGAUUGGAGAAGGUGGUUUUGGAAUCGUGUAUAAGGGUACGUUAUCAACAGGGCAACAAGUAGCAGUGAAAAGACUUUCAAAGAAUUCUGGACAAGGAAUUCAAGAGUUUAAGAAUGAAGUAAUGCUCAUUGCCAAUCUUCAACAUCGUAAUCUUGUGAGGCUUUUGGGAUGUUGCUUUGAAGGAGAUGAAAGGAUGCUUAUUUACGAGUAUAUGCCCAACAAAAGUUUGGAUUAUUUCAUAUUCGAUCAGGAUAGAAAAGCAUUACUUACAUGGCAGAAGCGCUUCGAAGUUGUUAUGGGCAUAUCGAGAGGACUUCUUUACCUUCACCAGGAUUCUAGAUUAAGAAUUAUUCAUAGAGAUCUCAAAACCAGCAAUAUUUUGCUCGACUGUGAUUUUAACCCCAAAAUUUCUGACUUUGGCAUCGCAAGAAGUUUCGAUGAAGAUCUAACAGAAAUCAAGACCAAGCGAGUUAUCGGAACAUAUGGCUAUAUGUCGCCUGAAUACGCUGUUGAUGGGAAAUAUUCAGUGAAAUCAGAUGUCUUCAGUUUUGGAGUGCUUUUGCUGGAAAUAGUGAGUGGCAAAAAGAAUCGAUCAUUUCAUCAUCCUGACCAUCAUCAUAAUCUUUUAGGCCAUGCAUGGUUGUUAUUCAAAGAAGGCAAGGCAUUGGAACUGGUCGACCACAUUUCUUCUGAACUAUCGUUCGUUGAAUCUGAAGUUCUUAGAUGUAUUCAUGUUGGUCUACUGUGUGUUCAAAAACUACCACAAGACAGACCAACAAUGGCAUCAGUUGUUGUCAUGUUGAGCAAAGAGGAAGCAUUGCCACAACCUAAAGAGCCUGGUUUUUUCGUGGAGAGAAGUUGCACUGAAACGGAAACGUCAACAAUUGAAGAGAGAAGCAUCAGUCAAAAUGUAGUAACAAUAACUGUGCUGGAAGCAAGAUAA